UUUUGGCAUCUUCGCCUAGGAUCGUCACGUACUGAAGCUAGUAUAGAAGCUGCUAAAUACACCAUCGCCAUGAAAGACGUAUCACGGAUUCUUCUAGUUGCGUACGCUACUCUCACGCAAGCAAUCCCCGAUCCCGAUUGGGGCCAGUGGACACCAUCGAUUGGUGGUGAUGGUCCACCAUAUAUGUACCCUCGAGAUGCUCAGCAACCCAGAUCAAAGUUGUGCGAGGUGGCUUCCGGCGCACCGGACGGUGACGAUACACCCGCAAUCCUGCAAGCAUUCAAAGAUUGUGGGCAAGAUGGUCACAUUCUAUUUACGAAUACUACUUAUAAGGUCGGCCAAGCAAUGAACACCACUGGACUCAAAGAUGUCGAUAUCGAACUCAAAGGAACUAUGGAAUGGUCCACCGAUAUCGACUACUGGCUGAAUAGCUCACUGCGUGUCGGUUUCCAAAACCAAUCUACAGCCUGGUACCUCGGUGGGGAUAAUAUUCGUUUCUUCGGACACGGAUACGGAACACUCAAUGGUAACGGCGACACUUGGUAUGUUUGGAACAACGGAACAUCCAACGCGCAAGGCCGUCCCCACGCCAUCUCCAUAGUCAACACGACCAACUCGCUCAUCGAAGGACUCCGCUUCAUCAAAUCGCAAAUGUGGACCGCAACUGUAACACGCAGCGAGCGCGUAGAACUCACAAACAUCUACAUAAACAACAGCUGCAGCGCCGAAGCCUCCCAAAUCCAUCGCUGCAACGUCAACACGGAUGGCGUCGACACAAUCUACGCGAACAACAUCACAUUCCUCCGCUGGACCGUCGAAUCCGGCGACGACAACAUCUCCAUGAAACAAAACUCGACAAACAUCUACAUGGCCAACAACACGUUCGUCAGGGGUCUCGGAUACGCAAUGGGUAGUAUCGGACAGUACAAGGACCAGAUCAACAUUAUCGAAAACAUCACUGCGGUCCACACGCGCUUCGUCGACACAGACUAUGCCGCCCGUGUCAAAACAUGGACAGGUCGCUCCACGGGUCUCGCGCCCAAUGGCGGUGGCGGUGGGCUAGGCUACGCGCGCAACAUCUCCUUCACCGACUUCCAGCUCGAAAACGUCGGGAUCCCGUGGUACAUCAUGCAAUGCACUUCGUACAACGGCGUCAGCGGUGGUUGCGAUACCUCGCUGUUCCACAUCGAUAACAUGAAUUGGGGGAACGCGAGUGGGACUAUUCGGCAGGUGAAUGUGGCGAGUUUGCAGUGUAGCGGGGCGAGGCCUUGUACGGACGUGAGGAUCUUCGGGAAUGAAGGGUUGAGAGUUAAAGAGAAUGGGACUGUGCCGGGAGGGUAUUUGUGUGAUAAUGUUGUUGAGCCCAGAGGGUUCAACUGUACGGGCAAGGCGCCGCAGGUUUCUGGGUGA